CUGUCAAUCUCCGCCGGCCGGCAGGGGGCGCUGGCAUUUGGAGUCUUAUCCAAGCGGCGCUGGCGCUGAGGGAUGGCGUCAUCAGUCCGAGCCCCUGGUCGCUACACGGCUCUCUCAAGAGAGACGACUAUGUCGCCGCCGACGCUGUUCAGCUUGCCGGAGGCUCGGUUACGUUUCACGAACUCUACUCGAGAGGCACUCAAGAACAAAAGCAUUAAACCAUUACUGAUUGCAUUCAGCCAGAUACCUGGAAGUGAAAAUGAAAAGAAGCUUACCUUGGACCAAGCUUUCAGAGUUGCCCUAGAAGAAGAAAUUAUAAAUAAAGCUUCCUGUGAAAAUGUCCUAGCUAUCAUCUCUCUUGUUAUUAAUGCCGUUACAGAAGGUAUCUGUACUGCAUCAACUCCUUUUGUGCUCCUUGGAGAUGUUUUGGAUUGCCUUCCUUUGGAUCAGUGUGACAAAAUUUUCACAUUUGUGGAAAAAAAUGUAACUACAUGGAAGUCAAACACAUUUUACUCAGCAGGGAAGAAUUACUUGUUGAGAAUGUGCAAUGAUCUUUUAAGAAGAUUAUCUAAAUCACAAAAUACUGUAUUCUGUGGAAGAAUUCAGCUAUUUCUGGCUAGAUUAUUUCCACUUUCAGAAAAAUCAGGACUGAACUUGCAAAGUCAAUUUAAUUUGGAAAAUAUCACUGUUUUUAAUACCAGUGAGCAAGAGAGCACACUCGGACAAAAGCAUGUAGAGGAGAGAGAAGAAGGUAUGGAAGUCGAGGAAGGUGAAAUGGGUGAUGAUGAAGCUCCUACUAGUUGUUCCAUUCCAAUAGAUUAUAAUUUAUACAGAAAGUUCUGGUCACUUCAAGACUACUUUAGAAAUCCUGUACAGUGUUAUGAAAAGGUCUCAUGGAAGACUUUCCUUAAGUAUUCUGAAGAAGUAUUGGCAGUCUUUAAGAGCUACAAGUUGGAUGACACCCAGGCUUCAAGAAAGAAAUUAGAGGAGUUGAAAACUGGAGGAGAACAUGUUUACUUUGCUAAAUUCCUCACAAGUGAGAAGUUAAUGGAUUUACAACUGAGUGACAGCAACUUUCGUCGUCACAUUUUAUUGCAGUAUUUAAUAUUGUUUCAGUACCUAAAGGGACAAGUAAAAUUUAAAAGUUCAAACUACAUUCUAACUGAUGAGCAGUCCCUGUGGAUUGAAGAUACUACCAAGUUAGUUUACCAGCUUCUUUCAGAAAAUCCCCCAGAUGGAGAAAGAUUCUCAAAAAUGGUGGAGCACAUACUUAACACAGAAGAAAAUUGGAAUUCGUGGAAAAAUGAAGGUUGCCCAAGUUUUGUGAAGGAAAGACCUAGUGAUUCAAAGCCAAUAAGACCUUUUACACGAAAAAGACCAGCUCCUGAAGAUUUCCUGGGAAAAGGACCCAACAAAAAAAUUCUUAUGGGAAAUGAAGAAUUGACUCGCCUGUGGAAUUUAUGUCCUGAUAACAUGGAAGCUUGUAAAUCUGAGAGUCGGGAAUAUAUGCCAACCUUGGAAGAGUUCUUUGAAGAGGCUAUUGAACAGGCAGAUCCUGAAAACAUGGUUGAUAAAGAAUUCAAAGUUGUGAAUAAUUCUAACUAUGGCUGGAGAGCAUUAAGACUGUUGGCUCGCAGAAGUCCUCAUUUCUUUCAGCCAACCAACCAGCAGUUUAAAAGUUUACCAGAAUAUCUUGAAAAUAUGGUCAUCAAGUUAGCUAAAGAACUACCUCCUCCUUCUGAAGAAAUUAAAACAGGCGAGGAGGAAGAUGAAGAAGAUAAUGAUGCUUUAUUAAAGGAAAACAAUGAAAGUCCAGAUGUUCAACGGGACAAACUUGUAACAGGGGAACAACUAGAAUUGUUUGCUAACAAGCUUGGGGAAUAUUGGAAACUUCUGGCUCCCUACUUGGAAAUGAAAGACUCUGAUAUAAGACAGAUUGAAUCAGAUAGUGAAGAUAUGAAGAUGAGAGCUAAGCAGCUGCUUGUUACUUGGCAAGACCAAGAGGGGAUCCAUGCUACUGUGGAAAAUCUGAUCACUGCGUUGAGCAAAGCUGGAUUGAAUGACCUUGCAGAAACCCUAACAAAUGACAGUGAAAACAAUGGCUAAUUUGGGAAUAGCUAUUCUUUUUAAAACAAAAGUGGCUAUUGUUGCAAAGUAACAGAACCUAGAGCAGCGUAAAAUGGUAAACAAUUUAAAACCCCUUUUAAAUAACAUUAUCUAUACAUUCCAAAAAAAGAAAGGGUUAAUACUGAUCAAAAAUGAAUCUCUGACCAUGGACACUCCCAAAUUAUGCCUAAGCAGAAAGAUGUGUGUGUUAGUGAGAGGGUGAGCGCACAACCCUUUUCUAUAUGAUUUAGAUUCCUUUAACAGUGUGGUCUACUUGGGGUUAGAGGUGUGUUAGAUAGUAAACUUGCAUAUUGGUGCCUGCUGUGUUUCUCCUGACUUGGUUUUGGCUUUUGUACUGCAGUGUAGUUAUGCACAACAGAUGGUAGAGUUCAUCCAAGAGAUAAAAAUUUGGUAUCAAAAUGAAGGACAUUAUGUGUCUGAAACAGCUGUUGCAGGAAUGUACACUUGUUUCAGGAGUUCCACAUUAGCCAUUAGAUAAAUGUUUAUAAAUGGUGGCGAGUAGACCUACCCUGAGGCAGUCAACUUUUAUAUAUUUUUGUCAUUUGCCUUUUUUAUCUUGACGAACUGCAAGAUUAAAGAGAAAUCUGAGUGCUUAGUGC